AAGACUAAAUCAACUCACUGCCUCUUCGACUUGGAGGGUGAGAAAUUGCGUGGAUGUGAAGGGUUAAAGAGGAAGCGUGGGGAACAGCGAGAAGCACAUCUGCGAGAAGAAGAAAAAGGAAGAAAGUUAUACUUAUCAGCAGGGUAAGAUAUGAAAUUUAUGAGUAGAGAACUGGCUGGCAGACCAUCAUCAUGUCUAUGAUGAGGCCCAGGACAAUGGACAUAAGUGGUGGAUCUCAUCUUGUUUGUAGCGAUUCCGGAGCAUGUUCCAAAGCAUUGUGGAGUAACGGCUUGGAUGGUGGUAGAGGGAGUCAUUACUUGGCACAAGCCUUAGCAACAUUACCAAGGGGCCACAAACAGCUCACCAAGUCAAGAUCAAAUUCACUGGUUGACUCAACAGGGACAGAACCAAACAGGAGAGUAGUGGUUAUUACGAAACAGGAUAAUGAACCAUUUGGAUUUGAAAUUCAGACCUACAAGCUGCAGCAUGCAUAUGGGACAGACAUGAGGACCUACGUGUACAAAGUGCAUGAGGACAGCCCAUCGAGCCAUGCUGGAUUGAAAACAGGUGACAUGCUCACUAACAUCAAUGGAGUGAACAUGGAAGGAUUCAGCCACCAGCAGACAGUGGAACUCAUCCGCUCAUCGGGAACCUUUCUCAGAAUUGAAACUGAAUAUAGUGCAAAAAUUAGAAAAGCAGAACUACAAGCUAAACUGCUUAUUUUAAAGGAAGAUUUUCGAUCAAAAUGGAAGGACUUACAAGGUGUGUUAAGAAAAGAACAGCAGCUUCUUCAUGGGACUAUAAAUGAGAACAAAAUUCAGGAAGAACUGGACUCCAUUCAUUCCAAGAUCUUUGGGAAUCCCUCACCAGGUUCCUUCUUAAAUAAACAUAGAUUGUCAAGCUCAAGCAGUGGAAAAAGCCAGCUGAGCUCUAUGAUGCUAAACAGUGAAGAUGGACUUGGAUCAAUGUCCGAGCUUGAUGAAGACUCUGGGACAGAAGCUUGUUUUAGUCGUCAAUCUAGUGCAGAAGAAGACUUUAUGUAUAAGUUGAAUGGACUUUCUUCAAUGAGACCUUCGCUGUCUCAACAUAGAAGCAUUAGUAUGACAAGUAGUGAAAGUGAACCAAUGUCACCAAACUGGGACUCCAUAAGUCUAUCAAAUUUUUUUGGGACUUUGCCACGUAAAGGUAGAAAAGGAAGUAUCCAAAAGAACUUCUUUAAAUUUAUUCCUGGUUUGCACAGAUCAGUAGAAGAAGAAGACUCUCAGGUGUAAAUGUAUAAACACAGAUAGAACUUCAGCAUUAUUAUAAGAUGCUACAAAAUAUGUCUUAUAAAUACAUUUAUAGUAUCACUGGGAGAUAUAAUGUGACAAUCAUGGACUACUAGUAACAAGUGGAUGGAACUCUCAGAAUACACCCAGAAAACUGUCCAUAGAGAUUUUGUUUGGGAAUUGGACCUUAAGGCCUAGUUCACACGAACGUUUUUUUUUGCGAGUGUACGGGCCGUUUUUUUUGCGGACCCAUUGACUUGAAUGGAGCCUUUCAAUG